UGUUUCAUCUGAUUGUGCGCGAGUGAGGCCCGCCUCAUAAGUUGUCUUUACUGACCGGCGUAUGCACACAGAGAGACCCACAGACGGCCCACGUCAUUCAUUAUGUAUGUAUGUACACACACACACGUCCAUUCAUCCAUCGACAACCCCCCCCUAUACUACCAACGCCAUCUAGUCAACAGAGCGAUAGUCGACCCGUUCUGGACAUUGCACUCCUCCAUCGUCUCCGUGUCGAGCGGCCUGCAGCAAGCCAUGCACACAACGUGCCACCUCCCACCGGAUGCCGUGCAGUCGGUUGGCAUACAUUCUCCUGUUGAUGACGCAGUACAUCCACGGCUCGGUGAUGGGAAUUCCUGUGCGUCUGCGGAUGGCCAGCUUCACCUCAUACACAGUGGCACUGGGUCGCACCAGAAACUCGCCCUUCGUGCCAGUACAUGUGGCCGCACGCACGAGCAAGUACUCCACUCCUGGCGUCUUCCACCUGACGCACGACACGCAGAAACGCAUGACAUUGAUCAGCAUGGCUUUGUUUUUUUUGGCGUACCGCUCAUGGGCGGCGGGCAGGGCGUAUUUGAGGCGUGCUUCGCUUGCCCGCCUCUCUUCUGCAGUGCGCUCUUCGUCGACCGAAAGAUCCCUGCAGACGAAAACGUAAACAGGGGAGGCAAUGCGUCCAGCCCUCAUGUCCUCUUUCUCUGGUCAGGCAGUUUAGCUGACGAGAAGUAUUCGAAGCCCAGGAUGUCCUUGAACACCAUCCGAUCCGCCUCCACGCUACCAUCAUCCUCUCUCUUGAAUUGCUCACACGGCAGGAUGGCCACCCGGAACGAUACGCUGCGCAAAAUAUAUACAAUGGACCACCAAUGUGGCGUCUGUCUGUCUGUCUGUCGAGUCUUUCCCUCACGUACUGAAUAGGUGCUUCUCGCAUGCCGAUGACGCGACACACCUCGCUGUAGAGGUCAGGAUGCUGCAACACCGCACGCGAUACCUGCAACGAAAAGUACAGAUGCCGGCUGCCCUUCUCUCUUUUCGAUUCUCGUCACCAUGCGUACCGCUUCGAGAUGCCAAGGCAGGUCAAUCCUUCUACACUGAGCCGCCUGCAAGUGAGAAGAACCGGCAACACACGCCGCAGGCAAACAGAUAGACGUUCACCCUUCACCCACCCAUCCCGCCUUACAACGAUCAUCCAAAGGAGCCAGUCUCGGACAGCCAAUCUGGCAUCGUAGUAGCCACGGUAGCGGACCUGCUUGCUCACGGCAAUGAGGACAUCUCCCCACGGCAGCUGACCGAGUGACUGCCACACGCGCGUCAGGUGCUGAGGGAGGGGCUGCUGGACGGGUGCGAUGCUGAGUAGUGGCACCACGGCCGUGCGGAAGGCGGCGAUGUCGGCCUGGUUGUCACACACGUGGUCAGAUGCCAUCAGGCAGGAGAGGGUGUGAUCGUCGAAAGCCGUCACGUUGGGGGCCAGUGCGGGCAGCCAGUGUCCUACAAUGCCGUGUAGACGGUCACUCGAGGAAUCGGUGAGGCACUGGAGCAGCCGCUCACUCACUCGGCGAUCUAACGCACUGCAACAGACACAAGGAAAGAGACCAAGUGAGUGGACCUGAAGAGGGCCCGUCAGCACAUAUCGCACCUACCAUGCCAUGUCCUUGAGCUUCCCCCAGCUCCGCUCCACGGCGCAUUUGCGCAGGUAGUGCAGCGCGAUCUCACACAUCGGCAACACGCUCGCCUGCACCCGCACCACCACGUCGGCCAGCGUCUUGUCACUCACACCCCUCGCUGACAGCUCCGCUGGAGGAAGGUUGGGGGCUGUCAGCCUGAGCCGGGUGUGCGUCAUGCUGCCGAGCGCCACCAAACCGAAGGCCCUGAGUGGUGACUGCGGCAGCUUGUCGCCAAUGCUGCAAAUCGGGUCAGGCGCUCCAUCGACGUACACGGUCGCUGUUGCCGCGAAGCAGCGGACGAAUGCACCGCCCCCGACCUGCCCGCGGACAGUUGCUCUGGCCUGCUGCUCGACGCUCACGCGCACGGCCCACUCGGUCACGUCGGAAAGCCGUGACUCCGAUGUGCACGUGAACGGCUGGACGGACACGUCAGUGACGAAGCGGCUGUCGGAUAUCUCGUCGGGGUCGCUCAUGGAAUGGUCGAAGGGGCGGGUGGUGAUAUCUCCGAGAAGCUCCUGCUCAAACACGCGACCUGCAUGCGCCAAAACCAAAAUGCCUGCAUCCCACCGCACCUUGCCAGCUCAUUCCAAUCACUCACCCAGCGCUUGUUUGACGUCCUGCGAUCCAGUGGCUUCGGUAAGGAAAGUCGCGAGGUCGCUGCUGGAGGGGUCCAUGACGCCGCUGGACAUCUGGCGACUCACUCCCUCCACCAGGUCACGCACACACUGGUGGGAGUCAGGCUCAGACGAGGGGGUGCUGAUGUCUUUGAUGAUGCGGGGACGGGCGAACAGGCAGCUGCAGAGCGCGUCGAGCAGGCCUGCGUCCUCCUGGAUGAGGCGCGUGACGACUGGUGCGGUGGGGAUCUGCUUGAGCACCAACACGGAGAAGUCAACGUCGUCGCACCAACGCGAAUCUACUACCUGAGCGAACGAACGAGCAAACAUCCAAUCGGUUGGCCAAUGCGUAUCACAGUCAGUCAUGUCAAGCCCUUUCCCACCUUGGCUGCGAUUUGCUUGAGCAGAUCAUUGAGGCUCUCCCUGUUGUCAGCAGACUGGUCGUGGUCGGCGCCGAAGCCCAGGAAGUCGAUGACUGCCAGCACAUCGAUAAGGUUGCCCGAAGUCACCCCCUGCACGAUGGCCGACGCCGGGCGCUGCAGCACCACCGCCGCCACAUCACGAGUGACGCCCUCGAGGAUGCUCAAGCCGCCACCAUCGGCACCACAGUCCAAUGCAGCACUCUGCGGACAAGGCACAGACAGUGAAGAACCAAGAUCUGUGAGCUGUCCGUUGCUCGUGCUUUCUCUCCUCACCUCGUAGAAGUUGCAUUGGCUGCGGAAGUACUGGAACUGCAGCAGCACGCUCCUAUGUACAGGAAUGCUGCUGGAGCCGUCUGCCGCCUGAAACACCAGAGUGACGAACCCGUCUUCUUCCAUGGAUGCCGGCUGCUGAAUCAACGCUUGCUGCCGACCAGCAGCUUCCAGGGAAGAAUGGUGUUGCUCAUCGGGCUUGAAUCCA